AUGAGAUUCUUAAGAAGGUUCCCUUCAUUGGGCAGAAGGGUGACCAAGUUAUUUGCAACUAACAAUCAGCCCAAAGCCCAUCUCCAUACUCACCUCAAACCACCAAAAUCAAACCAAACUCUGAAAAGGUACCUUCAAUCCAGUAACACUAGCAAGGUUCUCCUUUUCUUUCGCAUCUUAUUGAGAAAAAACCCUUCUUCAAUUGACAGCUUCUCCCUCAUGUUUGCCCUUAAAGCUUGCACCCUAAAGUCUUCCUUGGUAGAAGGAAAACAAAUGCAUGCGCUUGUCAUAAACUUUGGCUUUGAACCCAUCAUUUUCCUCCAAACAUCUCUCAUAAGCAUGUAUUCAGCAACGGGAAAUGUUGCUGAUGCACAUAAUAUGUUUGACGAAAUACCUUCCAAAAAUCUCAUCUCUUGGACUUCCGUGAUUUCUGCUUAUGUUGACAAUCAGAGGCCCAAUAAAGCUCUUCAGCUCUUCAGGCAGAUGCAGAUGGAUGAUGUGCAACCUGAUAUAGUCACAGUAACUGUAGCUCUCUCCGCCUGUGCUGACCUUGGGGCGUUAGACAUGGGAGAAUGGAUUCAUGCUUACAUCCGCCAUAGAGGACUCGAUACAGAUUUAUGCCUAAACAAUUCUCUCAUAAACAUGUAUUCAAAAUGUGGGGAGAUCGGUACUGCCAGGAGAUUGUUUGAUGGUACGCAGAAGAAGGAUGUCACAACCUGGACAUCCAUGAUUGUGGGGCAUGCCCUGCAUGGACAAGCAGAGGAGGCGCUUCAACUUUUUACAGAAAUGAAAGAAACGAACAAAAGGGCAAGGAAGAACAAAAGGAAUGGUGAACACGAGAGCUCUUUAGUCCUCCCUAAUGAUGUUACUUUCAUGGGAGUUUUAAUGGCCUGCAGCCAUGCAGGUCUUGUGGAAGAAGGGAAGCAGCAUUUCAGAAGCAUGAAAGAGGAUUAUAGCUUGAGGCCAAGAAUUUCCCACUUUGGCUGCAUGGUGGAUCUUUUAUGCCGUGCUGGUCUCCUAACAGAAGCUUAUGAGUUUAUAUUGAAGAUGCCGGUGCGGCCAAACGCAGUGGUGUGGCGUACAUUGCUAGGUGCAUGCAGCCUCCAAGGUGACAGCAACGGCAACGGCAACAGCAACAUUAAGAUUUACUCAGAAGCCCGUCGGCAGCUGCUCGAGCUGGAGCCUAGCCAUGUUGGUGACAAUGUCAUCAUGUCAAAUUUAUAUGCUGCCAAAGGCAUGUGGGAUAAGAAGAUGUUAGUCAGAAACCAAAUAAAGCAGAGGAGAGAUCCAGGUUGCAGUUCAAUUGAAGUGGGAAUUGACAUUAAAGAGUUUGUUGCUGCAGAUGAUCAACAUCCAUGUAUGCCUCAGAUAUAUGAGAUUCUUGACCACCUGACUAGAACCAUGAGAGCUUCUGACUGUGCUCUGGGGACAGACACCCCCAUGGAGUGAUAUAUACAGAGUACUGAUCAUCUAGGGCUCAAGUUAUUUGCCCAAAAAAUUAUAUCUCUGUAAUUAAGAAAUGUUUUGAAGUAGAACAUGGCCUCAUAGAGUUUGUCCUCCCUAUAGUAAGGUAUUUUUCUUCAUCAGACCACCUUUUAGGGAAUAAUAAAUGAAGGACAAAUAGCCAACUCAA